AGGCACCUUGCAUCCGUCAACACCUGCGCCCGCAGGUUACCGUAUGCGAGCAACUGUGGCCUGUUGUCGCUCCAUCGAUCAAACUCCCCGACCAUGAAUCCGACGUCAUCUGCCCCAAACAAGGCGCCCGCGGCCCCGACAGCCACGAACCACUCCCCAUCGGCUCCUCCCACCUCAAACCCUAGCAUUGGCUCGAAUCGGCGCCAGAUACAAGGCCCAUCACACCCUCAAGCAAUCCCCCGGAAGGGCCAGGGCGCAAGAGGGCAGCACCGAAACCAGAGGCGAGCAGGAGCACAGGGCGACCCGAGACACAUUGACGACGAGGACGCAAUGGCUGAGAUUCGCGCGCUGCGGAACGCCUCGAGCAGGCGCGGCCAAACAUCCAUCACGCAUCUGAUGAGUUACGCCUUGCCGCCUCGCCCACAUGAUGGCCACCACUCGUCCUCCCGCUCCUAUCGCCGCAACCCUUCUUGGGGCGUCGGCUCCGGUUACCACGCCGCGGACAAGGCCCGUUACAUUCACGCAAACUAUCGUUUUGUUGUCAACCCCGGGGGCAAUUAUACCGCCCAAGCCGCCGACGCGGAUGAGCACAUCGACUGGGGCGAUGUUCUUCAGGUCAUCGCCUCGGCCGAAUCUCAGCAAUCGUCUUGCCCUAUUUGUCUCUCUGAGCCGGUUGCGCCACGCAUGGCGAAAUGCGGCCACAUAUUCUGCCUUCCCUGCCUGAUGCGCUUCAUGAACACCAAUACUAGCGAGGAGCCGGGAAAGAAGCAAUUGCGGUGGAGGAAGUGCCCCAUUUGCGAGGACUCGAUAUACAUCUCAGACGUACGACCGGUCAGGUUGUAUGCGGGUCAGGAAUGCUCGUUGCCUCGUAAGGGUGACGAUGUGAUCCUACGUCUCAUGAUGCGUACCUCGAAAAAUACAUUGGCAUUGCCAAAGGAGGGUGCGAUCGAGGUGUUUCAGUCUGGCGACGAGGUCCCCUGGCAUUUUGCGGCAAACGUUCUGGACUAUGCUAGGAUCAUGAGGGGCACCAGCGGUUAUAUGGCGGAGCAAUUUGACCAGGAGGUGGAGGAGCUUCUCAAGCAGGAGCAUGAGGACGAGCUCCUCUACCACGAAGACAACGAAUGGACACAGAAGGCAAUCAGGGCGAUCAAGGCGGCAAAGGAAAAGGCGGCCGAGUUGGGCGAGGCGGAAAAAGCGGCUGCACUCGCCGGGAUUUCCGGGCCGGACCAGUCAAAACAAGUCGAGCAAGAUUUCUAUUUCUACUCGUCCUUACCACACCUCUACCUCUCGCCGUUGGAUAUCCGAAUCUUGAAAACAAAGUACGGGUCGUUCUCCGCCUUCCCGUCUACCCUCCUCCCCAGAGUUGAGCAUAUCUCGACUGGUCAUGUGGUUGACGAUGCCAUGCGAAAGCGGGCGAAAUACCUCGGCCACCUACCUCGAGGAUGUCUAAUCAGCUUCUUGGAGUGCGACUGGGCAGAUAUUGUCUCGCCCGAGAUCCUAUCCACCUUUUCCGAGGAGAUCGAGCGCCGCCGCAGACGUAACCGGGAGAAAGCAACGCAGGAGGAGCGGGAGCGGCUUCAGGCGGAAAGGCUAGAGGCAGCUGCGAUCCGCGAUGCUCGGAGAAACUUUGGCGCCACCGACGAGGAGGUAACUGUCCGCUUUGGGAACACUGGCCUGGACGAGCCCCCUGUCGAUAUGAACGAUUUCCUACCGCUCGGCGCCGAAGGCACGACACCGCCAAACCCGAGAACGGGCUUCUCCUCCCUGUCGGAAAUGAGCACCAGCCCAUCGGGCCGCAGGACUGUCUGGGGGACGCCCCAAGUUGCAAGUGGUGAGCCGGAAACUAUCCCGACCCGCCCUAAUGCGGAUGACGGGUGGCUGAAGGACGAUGCUGUGCUGGGGACGCUGAGUGAUGCCGACAUCGCUAUGCAGCUAGAGGCCCUCGGAGUUGAGACGAACGGCGAAAGCAGCUCGAAGGCCGCAGCCGCUGCGCCUAGUGGUGGAGGGGGGAAGAAGAAGAAGAAACAGAAGAUCACGUUGAUGAGCACCGGCAGCCGGCGGGGCCUUUAACCGGUGUGGCAUCAUGCGAGGUUCGUUUCGGCUCCAAGGGCGGUGUCAUCGACGUGCUGCUUCAAGGCAGGGUGGGGUUGCAAUUCACCAUCACACAGGAGAAUUAUAGUGAUGCGUAUUCUACCGAUUUUACAACUGAUAUAUAUUAUUGUUAUUUUCU